AUGAAAGCUCUUCCAAGUGCACUCGGCCGCCUCGGCCUACUCGCCCUCUCCUUUUUCCUCCUUGCCGGCUUUGUCCUCGCGCAGGACCCAGAGUGCAGCGCUUCUACUCCCUGCAAGGCCGGCUGCUGCUCCAAGUUUGGGUUUUGCGGCUAUGGCAAAGAUUACUGCCACGACGAUGUCUGCGUCAACAACUGUGACAGACUCGCCGAGUGCGAUCCCGGCGGCUUCGGCUCCGCCUUUGUCGAGAACACCAAAUGCCCACUGAACGUCUGCUGUUCGAAAUUUGGAUUCUGUGGCUGGACUGAAGAGUUUUGUGGCGACAAGAAAGUCGACCGGCCCCAGUGCGACAGCCACACGCUUGAACGUGUCGUCGGCUACUAUGAGGGCUGGGCUGCCCGCCGUCCCUGCAACGCCUUCUUGCCGGAGCAGAUCCCAACCGGCGUCUACACGCACUUGAACUUCGCCUUUGCCACUAUUGACCCAGAAACGUUCGAAGUCCGCCCGGCCUCUUCCGCUGAUACCUCGCUGUACCGCCGUCUGACGUCGCUCAAAGAGCGCGAUCCAGACCUCAAGGUGCUGAUUGCCAUCGGCGGCUGGACAUUCAACGACCCCGGCCCGACGGCCACCACCUUCUCAGACAUUGCGCGUUCCGACUCGGCCCAGAAGGCCUUUAUCAAGUCGCUCGUCAGCAUGAUGUCCACGUACGACUUUGACGGCGUCGACCUCGACUGGGAAUACCCCCAAGCUGAGGACCGGAGCGGCCGUGACGAAGACUUUGAGAACUUCCCCAAGUUCAUCGCCAACCUCAAGAAGGCCCUCAAGUCCUCCGGCAGGGAUCAAGUGAGCUUGACGCUUCCGGCGUCCAUGUGGUACUUGAAGCACUUUGACAUUGUCAAGCUUGAGAAGAACGUCGAUUUCUUCAACAUUAUGAGCUACGAUCUCCAUGGAACUUGGGACAAGGGCAACACAUGGGUCGGUCCGUACCUCAACGCGCACACCAACCUCACCGAGAUUAAGCAGGCCAUGGACCUCCUCUGGAGAAACGACAUUGACCCUGACAAGGUCGUCCUGGGCACCGGCUUCUACGGCCGCGCCUUCACGGCCUCCAGCCCCGACUGCCUCGCCCCAGGCUGCACGUACGAGUCCGGUGCUCCUCGCCAGCGCUGCAGCAACGAAGUCAGUGUCAUGAUUCAGUCCGAGAUCGUCGACGUCAUGAACAGGACGGGCAGCAAGCCUGUCCUAAACAAGGAGGCUGCCGUCAAGAUUCUGACGUUCGACUCCAACCAGUGGGUUGCCUACGACGACGAAGACACCUUCCAGUCGAAAGCCGACUUUGCCCGCGAGCAAUGCAUGAGCGGUAUCAUGGUCUGGGCCGUCUCCCAGGAUGUCUCGGACGGCACGUACUCCAGGGCCAUUGGCAAGGCGGCGGCGCGCAAGUUCACCUCGCUCCCAGCCAUGUUCUUCGAGAAGACCGAGGACGAGGACAUGCUCACUCUCACCACCAAGCACCCGCAGUGCAAGUGGACCAACUGCGGCGAAUCCUGUCCCUCGGGCUGGGUCCGCAUGAUGCGCAAGGACAAGGAGGCUCGCGAUAACGAGUACAUGGUGGAUGGAUCCCACUGCUCCGAGGGAGUACACGCGCUUUGCUGCCCGUCCGAGGACCCUCCAACCUGCGGCUGGUAUCAGCACAACAACGGCAAAUGCAACCCGACAUGUCCGGACGGCACCGUCGAGGUCGGCUCCCUCAAGACGCACUGCAAUAACAGCAAGUACCAGGCCGCGUGCUGCACCACGGGCAAGACCAGCAUGGAGCUCCACGACCAGUGCAGCUGGACCGAGGCACCCAUGUGCAUGUCUGGAUCCUGCAGCAGCGGCCAGGACGAGGUGGCUCUAUCGCCCAGCGGCAGUGGCAACGCCGUGUGCAACGUCGAGAUCUGGAACCACCCUUACGGAGACGGAAAGGUCAAGAUCCAGGAGCGCAAGCUGUGCUGCGACCAGGAAGACAACAAGAAAUGGGACGACUGCCAGUGGUACGACAACCUCGGCCCCGGAAAGGAUGACGAUAGAUACUGCCGUAGCGGGUGCCCGAGUGACCGCGUGCGUGUCGCCAUGGACGCGUACUGGAACAAAGACGGCGACUUUAUGUGCGCCCGCGGCGCUAGGGCCAAGUGCUGCAUCCCAAAGCACCAGUCCGUCGAGAAGCGAGACACUUCGCAGAACGAGAUUCUCCGCGAUGCCCUCGAGUCGUUCCUAAAGGAGCCCGUUUGCUCCGAGGACGGUGGUGGCUGGACGUGGACUUCUUCUUCUCUGAGUACCAGGGACGUCAACUCAUCGGAGCCCAUCUUGCCUCUCCCGGAUGCCAAAACAGCCAAGAGGAUGGUGUCGCACCUGCGGAGGCACAUGAGAGACCUACCGACUCACUCUCAGCACGGCCAUGCCGGCCCCAGCGUCCAGUACUCGGCUCACCAAGAGCUGGCUUCGUCCCUCGAGAGGCGCCAGAGCAGCUUCGGCAGCUUCGAGCAGGAUGAGAUCAAGACGCUGGUCUACGCGCUGAUCCUCGCCCGGGCAAGCACACGGCAGAUUGAGAUCUGGGACGCCCUAGUGCCCAAGAAGUACGCGAACCUCGUGUGGACCAAACUCAAGGCCUGGAUCAAGGACACAAACGCCGUGGUGAAAUACGGCUACGACCAGCUGGCGUACCUCAUCACAUGCCACAUGGGCGACUUCGACGACUGGGUUGGUGGCAGCACGACCGACGACUGCGAGUGCGACUCCGACGCUUGCUGCCCUAGGGGUGGUGACUGGUGCGUGUCGGAGGAGAGCGUGCCUGAUGACACCUCUGGCAGCUCGUCGAGUAGUAAACGGGGAGAUGAGAUGAGCCGUAGAGAGUAUGAGGAUGAGGAGGGUAUGCUCUCCCCUAGGGCCGCCCCUGGUGACCGACGCCCGUACUAUAUCAGGCUGCGCGACGGCACAGUGAUUCGAGUUAUGAGUGAAGAGUACUACCCUGCCACUAACAGCCACUGGUAUGCCAACCACCCCGUCUGGAACAAUGUAUACCUGUACCCUCGAGACCGGUGCUUCGACGUCAUUCCGGAGAUCUCGACGUGGACAAAGGGCGACCCAGGUCUUCACUUUGAACACGAAAUAGAGCAAAACACCCUGGCCCGAUUCUUCACCCACUACUCCAGUGGCACCCUGCCCUCUGGCGCCGUGAUGAAAACGCCCGCGGCUAGUCUACGCCUGACAGAAUCGCUCCAGAGCCAAAUGCCGAACCCGCCCCCGGCCGUCGGCGGAGCGAACCUGCUAGAACCGAUCCGGAGGCUGUUCAAUGCUUUUGGGAGCAGGGACAACACCCAGCAUGCGGUCUUCACCGCAGGCGGUCUGAACCUCGUCAAGACGGCUCUUUGGAGACAGGAUAACACGGCCAACUGGCUGAAUCCUUGGAUGACAGAGGACGCCAUGUCGCAGGACUUGCGCAACUUCCGCAACGGCGUCUUUGCCCAAAACAUCCGCAACGCCAUCGUCGCUAUAAACUACAUGCGCGACCCUGUCGUCUGGAACCGCAUCCUGGCCAUCAACUUCGACAUCCGGGACGAGCUGCGGCGGCUGCAGGAGUUCCACUACCAGCGCACCGACAUCACCGACUACGUCGUCUCCGCGUGGGACGAGUUCUUCCGCGACCAGCUGCAGGCGACGGUCCGCUACACGCAGCGCUGGGUCCGCGGCUGGGUCACAACCGCUCGCAACGAGUGGCAAGAUGACAACGACGAGGACGUCAUCCAGUUUCUCGCCCUUAUAAGCACGCUGCUUCGCCACGUCGACGACCUCGAGUUCAACUAUGAUGAGCUGCCUAAUUAA